AAGAUUGCAAAGAGCUUCUCAGUAUUCAUAUGUUGGGGCAGUGAGGUUUCAAGAAAGGUAGGACGCUGGGGUGUGGCGGCCAGGGGCAUGUAUUCGUGCUCCACAAUCUGGACGGUCACAACUCAUAUGCAGCCAAGGCAUUUCGAUCAGGGAGCGAGAGAGAGAAGUUGGGAUCAUGGCCAAGCUCCGGGGCUGCCCUGGAGUUGUCUCCUUUAGAGAUUUCAUCAAGGAGAGAGAUGGAGGACAAUGUUUUGGGAGUAUUAUUAUGGAACUAUGUGGAUCUAGUCUUGCUGAUCGCUUGCGCGCUUCCGGGCAGAUGAGCGAAGAAGAAGCAGCUCAGAUUAUCAAGCAGCUGGCAGAGACCCUCAAGGAGAUGCAUUCGAGAGGCAUAGUUCACCGGGAUCUCAAGCCGGGCAACAUACUUUUCAAGCUAGACGCGCGCGACAAAGUGGUGAUUAGUGACUUUGGUAUGGCCACAGACGACCCUGAGGAGAUGUCGCAGUACUGUGGCACGGGGAAGUACAUGGCACCCGAGGUGGCAGAGAACAAGGAUGGGAGCUUCUACACAGCAGCUAUCGACGUGUGGGGACUUGGAGCGAUUUUAUACGAGAUGCUGGGAAAGGGAGGAUAUCAGCCGAGUGAAGCAUUUGAUCGCGUGCGACAGGGGGCAUCCCCGGUUGGUCCUUUCUCGUUUAUAGCGGAGGAUCUCCUUGCCAAGAUGCUGGCUGUGGAUCCGAAACAAAGGCUGACAGUCGAUCAGGUUCUACAACACCCAUGGAUUGUCAAGCUUUGCAGAAGCAGCAGCAGUAAGAUCUACAGGACGUGGAGGAGGCCCUGUGGUGCGAAAAGGAGUGCUCCUGGCCUCGACAAGGACUUGGUCGUGAAGAAAGUUCGAGCGGCUUAAAAGUGCCAGCAGUCAGUCCGGUAAGCACACUUGCCAUUUCCUCUUUCUCCUAGUCGCAGUUCCUAACUUCAGGUUCGCUUUUGUAUCCUCCGGACAUCAUCGACAUCUCUCGUGUCUCUGUCUGGAAAUACCUUUUUGGUGGCUGUCGAGAACAAUCGUGGAACAAAAACGAGAUCCAAGCAAAUGCCGAGGUAGAUGCAAACGAGAUAGAUGUUACACACAAAGCUAUGCCGCUCUUCUUUAAGAAACAAGGGAAGUUGAAUGUUUCUCCCCUCAAGAAAGAAUUGAAAAAAGUCUAUCCAUAUAUAAACAAGGAUCAAAAGUGGAGUUAAAUCGAGAAUGGCUAUUGAUCACUGUUAAUCUAACAACCCAAGCAUAUCUUGAGAUCAUUCGGGAACUUCUCAAAGUGGUGGAAGAGUCCGCGUGAUCCAUGCUUGGGGAUACGACUGGCGCUGGGGAAUUCAAUCGACGGCUGCUCUCGCGAGGAAGAUCUGGCUGGUCUGCGCGUAGGCCGUGCAUGACACGAAGUCGUGCUCGCUCGAUUGAAGCGCUCCUUGGCUUCGUCAACCAGGAGAUUGUUCGCGAACGCCUGGAUCAUCAGGUUCCACCAGACGAUGUUCAAGGCCGGCAGCUCGCGCUUCCUCCAAACGCCCGCUCAUGACACCACCUCUCGCUGGGGCAUCGAAUCGAAGACCUUCUUGGCCAGUGCUUCAUCCCAACCAUCGAAGAUCGCGUUCUAGGAGAUGAAGUUCCUAGCCGGCAUCCGGAAGAACAUCGCCAGCGCUACCUGGAGAUUCCCAUUCCGGGCAUAUGCGGUGAUUAUCGCGUUCCACGCGACGAAAUCUC